AUCCUAAAUUAUCAUGAAGAUAUUUUCUUAUAUUCUCAACAAUUUUGCCUGUAGUUUAUUUCUGAGUGGAAUAGUAAUGCAUUUCUCCAAAGUCUUGCCUACGCCGUACAAGUCGAUUCGACAACAGCCACGGACCUACUGUCUAACGAGAACAACUGCAUGGGCUAUUUAUAUUGUUCAUUCAUUAUUAUUAGAUGCUCGCCAGACACCCCAAGAGCCAAGACUGGAAUAUGAGGGAACAUGGCUUGAGAUCGCUCGUAUUCGCUAGCGGCGCACGGCUGAACGCGAGGCUGACACAGAUAGAUCGGUAGGCGUUGCGUAUCUAUAGCCUGUAGCCAGGAGACUCACAAGCAUGAAUAUAUCCAGUAGUUUGAGAGGCUUGUUGUCGGGGUAUAUAUGCUGCGUAGGAUCCUGUAAACCGCACCGCAGCCGAGCGGGCAGGUCAGUCGCUCUCGACAUCCGCUGUCCGAACAGAAAAUGCGCAAGUUCCUGCAGCAAGAGCUUCAGGAGCUCCAGCGGAAGCUCCAGCUGGAUCAUCGGCAGGAAAAGCGCCAGCCUCCUCCUCCGCCUCCUCCAGGGACUCGGCCGUUGCGUCGUCUUCCUCCGAAUCCGUAUCAGAAUAAGGCCCCUGCAGCAGCGACAGCAAUACCGCUGGCCUCGUCGCCAGAUCCAUAUACGGUCCGAUAUCAUAACCAGACCCAGACACAGGGACCAGCAUCACCCCCACAGAAUUCUGAGCCUGCACCGGCACCGCCGCCGGUCCUAUAUCGACAGACACCUCCCCCCGUCCCGAACGCAGCAACCAGACCCUUGAAAUGUACCGGAUUAGAACGCCUGCUGAGCAAGUACACGCAGUUCUACCUGCUCAAGGGUACUGAAUCCUUCCACGUAUGCAACAACUGCUACCAAUCUCGAUUCGCGAACCACCCAGCACUCGCCCGUGAAUUCGUACCGUACCACUCCAUCAACGACGACGAGCGAUGCAUCUGUGCAUUCGCCCUACCCAGUACCGUGGCUAUUCUCAAUUCACAAUGCGUGCCAUACAGCACCAUGCGGCCCCUUGUUGAGGUCGACUCGUUCCGCUCAACGCGUGCACCCUGUGAUGGAUCGCCCGUUUCGACCCCCGGACCGUGCUACAUGGCAAGAAAUAAAACGAUCCCGUUGUUCUGCGUGUGUGCGACUUGCUUUGAACUUUUCUUCCGUCGUACUGUCUUCGAGGACCGGUUUGAGCGAAUCCCUGACGGCACGCAAGGUGGUUCGGCGAAAUGGACCUGUGAUAUGAUCAUGCCUUACUUUCGGAGGCUUGUCAUCACGGCUUUGUCGAGUGCAGCGCCGGACUUUGCCACGUUUGCUCGCCUGGCAGAUGAUCGUCUGGUGACUCCUCCAUGUCCGGGUGCUGGGAAACCAAUCACCCAGUUCUCGCCUAAAGCACCUGGGAUUGUGUACUCGGCUGCGAGUGGGAAGACGGGGAGGGUCUGUUUUGCUUGCUACUGUGACAUCCUGGCGAAUACAGCACUGGAAAAUGAGUUCGUACCAACGAGGAUCAAGCCGGACCAGGCGGGGAAGAUUGACUGCGAUCUAGCAACCAUGUACUCCAAAUCGGCCAUGACGGCGGCGGUUCAGCGAGAGGGUAUUGAGUUCUGGAGGAGUAUUGUGCGAAUGAGCCGAGCCGGCACCUGUCGAGGCAAGCGAGGCAUAGACGAAGAAGAUCUUAUGAAGGAGAGACAGGAAAAGGGUUACCUUGCAGACUGGUAUCAUGUCACAGCCGCCCCGGGCGUAGAGGUCUGUCCAAGCUGUUACUGGCUCCGGGUAAAGGUCGUCAGUGCCGAACAUAUGUUCACUCCCAUCAUCCGGCCGCUGGUCCCUGGCGUCAUACGGAUGUGUUUCAUGACCAAUUCGAAUGUCCCCCCGAAUAUCUCGACGGACAACUGCGACAACUUUGCCGACAGCAUCACCUGGCGCGGGGAGCGUCUCUCGCGGGCUCUGCUCUGUGGUUACGAAGGUGGAGACUGGAACGCCCUCGUCACCGUCGCAACAACCAUGGAGAGCGAGCCACCACCGUGUGGCGGGAACGCGCGAGGUUUCAAACGACCCAGUGGAAGGAGAUGGAUCGGCCGACGCAGUCCCAACCCGGCCGACCCAAACGACUGUACUUUGGUAUUCUGCGAGGAAUGCUAUUCACGCGCCGUCAAGGACAGGCCGUACGCCGCGCUCUUCAGCGAGGAUAUCACCGACGCGGCAUAUGCCGAAGCUGGAACAGACGGCUUCAUGUGCCACAUAUACACAAAUAGGGCGCGAGGAAUGCUUCGAACAGCAGCUCAGCAGGGAGACCUCUCCAGCUUCGCUAGGUGGUGGCGUCACAGAGAGGAGCUCCGCAAGAAAUGCGAUGCAUGGAAACCGGUUGUGGUAGAGCUGCUGAAGCAGCAGGCGUUAUUCAUAGCUUCAGGCGGGUUUAUGCAAAUGGCUUCCGGGCUUUCUCAUUCAUGCCAGACGGCUCAGGCCACGAUGCAGCAUUUUCAGCAACCGUCCUUGCAGGGAGUGGCCCAGAUGACAGCCUUAAACGAGAUCGAGUCUGCUGCUGUUGUCGAGGCCGCGAUGAGUGACCCGGGAGUUCGUUGGGGGAAUGAUAAUGUUGGAUUCAGUCACUGGACGGAAGCAUCGGCGCAGGCCCAGCAAGACUGGCAAAAUGCCACUCGGGGAGUAGGCUUCAACAACACCACAGGUCCAAGCAGUCACGUAUUACCUAUUGGAGGAAUGGGCAUGGGCACAGGCUUCGAUCACGUCAGAACAUGGAGGAUAUUGGAGCAAGCGAGAGCUGACGAGGCAGCUUUCCUUGCAGUCGAGUAA